AUGACUUCCUACAACUAUCUCGAGUCACCCAACCCGAAUCUUCUCAUUCAGGCAAUACAGUGCUGUUGCAUUUGCAGAUCACCAUUCAUUGGUCCUUACACCACCCGCACAUGUUUCCACACUUUUUGUUACGAGUGCAUUGCCAGUGCCAUCACCGUCAAUCAACAGUGUCCCAUCGACCGCACCCCUCUCGCCCUCGCCGAUCUUCAGCCCGCCGAUCCUCUCAUCCGCAACCUUGUAGAUGAGCUGGUCGUGAACUGUCCUCGACAGUCUCUGGGGUGUCGAGCAGUCUGCCAACGACAUUUACUCCCUGUCCACCUCAAGGACGCUUGCCAGUAUCUUGAAAUCACAUGUCCAGAGGAAUCAUGCUCUUGUCGCGUCUUAAAGAAGGACUUGCAAGACCAUAAAUGCGCCCUCUCGUCUGCUCAGAAAGACCAUACCGAAGGAGUAGAGGAUGUUGCGAGGGACGAGCACGAGAGUCCGGAGGACGUUGGCUCGUCGGACUCUUCUUGCCCACCCCCCACCAGUACUUCUCGUGCUUCAACGGAUCUAGUUGCAGAGAAUGCUAUGCUGCGAGUCCGCCUUUCCGCAUUGGAGAACAUCGUCCACACCCUCCGGAGCGAGAUGUUCGCCGUCAAGCACGCCCUUGGCCCAUGGUAUCCCCAAGAUCUCCAGGCUCGCAUCAUGGCCCAUUCUCAAUUUGAAGAUGCAGAUGCUUCCAUGCACCUGUCUGCAGGAACGGUCGUUCGAGAUCCUAUGCAAACUCCUCCCGCUGUCCCAGAGCACACUGCUUCACCAGACCCCACAGACAUCGCUUCGUAUUUUCCGCCAGCUGAGGAUGUUCUGGAACAACCGUCUGCCACCGAUGACCGCCGUCGAAGUCCGGCCAGUCCUCCUACUGGGACCUUCCCGGCUAUCUUUCCGGGCGGCCCGCCCACGGGGAUGUAUGGUACACAUGCGUUUGCGACUUCCGGCCAGGCGCAUGGCUCCUAUCCACAUGGGGCAUCGUCAUAUCCGGGUAGUGCCUACGCCAUCUCUUUGCCACCACUCGAUCCGACCAUGCCCCUUCCUGACACACUCGCUUCUCUUCAUUCGUCCCUCGGAACUUUGGCAGGCGCGCUUGGGGCCAAUGCAUCUGCCAGAGCGGCGGAAUCUCUACGAACAACGGAGGAGCUGAGGGGUGUGCGAGCUGCCAUGCAUGGACUACGCAUGCAGGCGGAACUGGUGGAAGUAUUGAUUGGUGUGGUUAUUUAG